CCCGUUGAACGAAGACGUAGAUUAUCCCUUUUUUGAGAGAGUUUUGCAGGCCAAUCCGAAAGCGUACGAUAUUUGUCAAGUUGCUGGACUGUUAUGUACAUUACUGUGUUAAUUAUUAUUUUGUUGCGCAGUAUGCAUGUGGAUGCUGGGGGGCGUGAUCUUGACAAUGAGUUUUUCCUUCAACUAGCUACACCGGGCGUUUGGGUUAAUAGCACGCAUAUGGAAGUGUUGAUGCAAUACAGCGAGAGGCGUUAUGGGCUUGGUGUACACUUGGAAGGGGGUAUGUUCCUUGCACCAUGGUUCACUGCUCACAUGCAAGGGAAGGGUAGGUCGUUUAAGGCGGCUAGGCGUAAAACUGGAGUAGCAGGGGAUGCAAAAAUCACUAAUUACCUGACGAGGCCUAGGCAAAGAUGGGGUAUGGAAGUUGACCGGCUGUACACGCCAAUGAUUUGGGAAGGCACUCACUGGGUGGGACUGUGUAUCAGUCUAACUGAAUGGACAAUAUAUGUGUUUGAUCCUUAUCCGCAAGGAAAGACGAUGGAGCAGGUAGAGGAGUUGUUGGAGCCUGUGUCGACAAUGUUACCUUACGUAGCUAAGAAGGUGUGUCCUCCUGAAGUCGUGGGGGAGCGUGCGCAGGUACCGUUCCGAGUUGAACGGGUUACUAGUUUGUAUGAAAACAGGCGCAGCGGUGAUUGUGGUCCUGUGGCUGUUAAGUUCUUGGAGAUGCAUGCAACUGGUGACCCCCAACCAACGAUGGCGGGGCUGACAGAUGAUCUUGUGGACAUAUUCCGGAAGCAUUAUGCCAUGGAUAUCUACAGAGGGGUGGUUGUACCCUUGUAUUUGCGUUAGUGGGUGUAUCUCGAACAACCUUUUUUUGUUGGAUUGUAACUGUU